GUCCCAGCAGCCCCGCUGCCUCUGACUCGAUUAGUUUGUGUUAACUACAGAAAUUGCAGUUAAUACAGUCUGCUGGAGUGAUUUAUUAAAGCCCGUGUUUGGGAUUGUUUUCCUGGUGUAGGAGAAUGGCAGAAGCUCCGGAGGACGUUCAGAGCGACGAGUGUCUGAGCAGCUACUCACACAUCUACAGCCCAGACCUGCUGAAGGAUAAAGUGGCCUUUGUAACAGGUGGAGGCUCUGGCAUUGGUUUCCGUAUUGCUGAGAUUCUGAUGAGACAUGGCUGUGACACAGUCAUUGCUAGCAGAAACCUAGAGAAGCUCGCUGAGGCAGCAAAAAAGCUGACCAGCGCAACGGGCAGACACUGCUUGCCUCUGCAGAUGGACGUCCGUCAGCCUGAAACCAUCACUGUCGCUGUGGAUGAGAUGCUGAAAGAGUUUGGACGUGUGGACAUUCUUAUCAACAAUGCAGCGGGGAACUUCCUGUGUCCUGCUACCUCUCUCUCUUUUAACGGCUUUAAGACUGUUCUGGAGAUCGACACCAUGGGAACCUUCAACACCAGCAAAGUUCUCUAUGAGAAAUGGUUCAAGGAUCAUGGAGGUUCCAUUGUGAACAUCUCAGCCACUCUGGGCUACAGGGGUCAGGCACUCCAGGUGCAUGCUGGGUCAGCAAAAGCUGCUAACGAUGCCAUGACAAAGCAUUUGGCAGUAGAGUGGGGUCCCAGUGGAGUGAGAGUAAACACAGUGGCACCAGGACCCAUCUCUGGAACUGAGGGCUACCGCCGACUUGGCGGAUCCUUUGCAGAGAAUGCAGGAGCUUUCCGGAGCAUUCCGCUGCAGAGGGCGGGCAACAAGACAGAAAUGGCUCAUGCGGUGCUCUUCCUGGCCAGCCGCGCUGCAUCAUACGUCACUGGUGCCACGGUGGUGGCGGAUGGAGGGGCGUGGCUCACCUCGACCAAUGAUGUGGAGCGUAUGCUGGGUUUCUGGUCAGCAGAGAAGGAGAAGGGCAAAUAACCUGCUUUAAAAAAAGGUGGAAAUGAAAGAUGUGGACAAUCAAUUAAAAAAAAAAAAAAACAGUCAGAUGGGACAUUUAAUCAUUAUAUUCUGAAGACUUUCCAGGUUGGAUUAUAACUAAUUCCUAAAACAUAAAAGCUAAUAGUAAUAAUACAUACAUUUUCCUGAUUUUAAACUACCACAAAUACCAGUGGCAUUUGAGUACUGUCUGUCCUGUUCUUAAUUCUUGAUUUGAUUAGUGUAUCUGUGCCGUUGGGAACACUACAUGUGGAGGAUUUAUAAUAAUGGGAAUAACUGGAGAUAUUGUGGCUUAUAAUGUAUAGAGGAUUGUCAUACAUUUCAUGUGCAUUGUAAAUAUAAUUUCAGUUGAAUAUGGAGUAUUGUAAUUUACAUAAGUUUCAUAAUAAAUCUUUUUAUAAUUCA